GGUCACGUGUUAAAAACAGAGCAGAAUCCUCUAACUUUAUCAUCAAAAAGAAAUAAAGAAAUCAGAGGAUAUACGAAGAAAUUGCGGGAAGUCGGGUUGGGUUCCGUGAGGUCAUAGGCUUGCGCAAUGGGACUUUGAGACUCAUUUCCGGUAUCGCUGAUUCGGCAGACGGUGUGUCAAAAGGAAAGUUGGGAAAUUGUACCAAGGUGAAAACAAAAUGAAACGGUGGUUGUCGGGCGACGAUAAACGUCGCAAGGAGCCGGAAAUUUUCGACACAGUCGGAGAAGGGCUGAAAAAGUUAUACAGGACGAAAUUAUUACCUCUAGAAGAGCAUUACAAAUUUCACGAUUUUCACUCCCCGCCCCUUGAAGAUCCGGAUUUUGAAUCCAAGCCCAUGAUUCUUCUAAUAGGGCAGUAUUCAACAGGAAAAACGACAUUUAUCAGGUAUCUGCUAGAACAAGAUUUUCCAGGAAUUCGAAUUGGUCCAGAACCAACGACGGACAGGUUUAUUGCUGUAAUGACUGGGGACCAAGAAGGGGUCAUUCCUGGAAAUGCUUUGGUAGUAGACACUAAAAAACAGUUCAGGCCACUGUCAAAAUUUGGAAAUGCUUUUUUGAACCGAUUUCAGUGUUCAAUGGUUAAUAAUCCUGUACUAGACAGUUUGACAAUUGUUGACACUCCCGGGAUCCUUUCUGGUGAAAAGCAAAGGGUGGAGAGAGGAUAUGAUUUUGCAGGAGUGCUUGAGUGGUUUGCAGAACGAGUGGACAGAAUUAUUCUUUUGUUUGAUGCACACAAAUUGGACAUUUCAGAUGAAUUUCGAAGGGCUAUUGAUGCCAUUAAAGGUUAUGAUGACAAAAUCCGAAUUGUUCUCAACAAGGCUGAUAUGAUCGACCACCAGCAGCUGAUGAGAGUAUAUGGAGCACUAAUGUGGUCUUUAGGAAAAGUUUUGCAUACACCAGAAGUAUCCAGAGUUUAUAUUGGAUCAUUCUGGGACAAUCCAUUACAUUUUGAUAUGAACAGAAAACUUUUCGAGUUAGAAGAGCAAGAUUUGUUCAAUGAUCUGCAGGGUUUGCCUCGGAAUGCAGCACUGCGGAAGCUGAAUGAUCUUAUAAAGAGAGCAAGACUAGCAAAGGUCCAUGCAUACAUUAUCAGUGAACUCAGAAAAGAUAUGCCCUCCAUGUUUGGAAAGGAUGCUAAGAAAAAAGAACUGAUUAAAAAUUUGGGAGAUAUUUAUGGCAGAAUACAAAGGGAACAUCAGAUAUCACUUGGUGACUUUCCGGAAAUGAAACGCAUGCAAGAACAGCUGGCCCAUCACGACUUCACCAAAUUCCAUGCCAUGAAACCGAAACUGAUAGAGACUGUUGACCAAAUGUUGGCAGCAGACAUCGCCCGCCUGAUGCAGAUGGUACCAAAUGAAGAGGCUGUCAUGUCUAAAGAGCCACAGGUCAGAGGAGGAGCAUUUGACACCAUGAACGAGAGUAUGUUUGGAUACGGAAGAGGAGAGGGAGUGGAUGAGGGGAGAGGUGAACGAGAGUGGGUGGUGAAUUCCAGUAGAAUGGAUUAUGAUGAAUCCUUCGAUAAACUGAACCCAAUCAAUGGAAAAAUUACUGGUGCUGCAGCCAAACAAGAAAUGGUCAAGAGCAAGCUACCUAAUUCUGUUCUGGGCAAAGUCUGGAAAUUGUCAGACAUAGACAAAGAUGGAAUGCUGGAUACUGAUGAGUGGGCCCUUGCAAACCAUCUUAUUAAGAUCAAGUUGGAAGGCCAUGAUUUACCAGCUGAGUUACCAGAUCACCUUAUCCCCCCUUCUAAGAAAAAGGAGAAGUAUUAGGAAUUAUCCAGUGUAUUGCUUAAAACUUUCCAAAUGAAUUUUUAUCCGAUCUGUUUUACCAUUCAUAAGGGACAACAUAAAAAAAAAAGGCAUUUCUACAUUAUAAGAAGUACAAUAGGUAUCAUAUGAUAGCUUUGUAUUCAAACCAUGUUUUACUGCUUUGGUGUCUGUGUUGCUUUUCGUACUUGUGAUAAUCAUCCUGUAAAUUUUAGAUUUAUUCAUGUUUAUUUCGGUAUAUCCAUGGGAAAUUUCAAUAACAUUUGUAAUCAUGUAAAUACAAAUGAUCUACUUCAAAUGAAUUCAUGAUCAAGUGGUGCCAAGCAGGUUGUGUACCGUGAUGCCUGCACACAUAAGGAUUAUACUUUGCCAUCUGUCUGUUAGAAUUUUGUCACUAUAGAAGAUUUAACAUCCUUAUAUGUGUCGAAGCUCAGGCAUUUCUUUGGAACAUCAUUUGAUAAAAAGUUAUUACAAGAAAUUAAGCUUCCAUCCAUAUCUUACAACUGUGAUAAAAUGUAACUUUAUCAAAUAGUUGAUGGUGAAGUUUUAUACAGGAACCUCAUUUACAUUUGUCACAACCAACUGAGUAAUUCCUAUAAAUUAAAAAAAAAUAGCACACACAUAUUGUACAUAUAGAUCUCGAGUUCCCUAAUAUGCUAGUAUUUAAAACACAAAUCUCUCCAAUGAAUAAAUGAAUCUGUAUUUUCAUUGCACAAUGAAUACUGAAGGCUAAGUAAUAAAGUAAUAAAUAAGGAUAAAGCAAUAUAUCUGAAAUUGUACAGAUAUUGAGCAAUUUUUGCAUAGAACAUGAUACUUCUAUUUUAAAUAUGUACAGUAUUGUAAAGUCUGGCUUCAUAGCUUUUGUUUGUUUAAGUGCAAUACAAGUAAAAUAUAUACAUUUUGUGUAUAUGUGAUUACUACAGUUCUGUAUAGCUCUGGUUAACCCUAAGUAUCCUCUGUAGUGAGCAUAAUCUUCUAUAUAUGCAUGUGUAUUCAUAGUAGUAGAUGAAUGCGGUAUACUUGAAUUGAUUGAAUUAACGCCAACAGUACAUUGUAGUAUUGUUUUAUGUGAUAAUUUAAUGAGAUAGUAACACACUUCACACACACACACACAUAUAUACAGUCUACUCCAGAUAAAUUGAAACUCGGGGUACCAGCUGAUUGUUUUUGAUAUAUCCAAAGUCGAAAAUAAACUGAGGUGAUAUUUUUCAUUCAUUGGGAGGAAGAGGGAACAUGUACAAACUUGACUCAAAUUAGUUAGUCACAGAUUCUUCAUUUUUUAAACAUAUUGUACAAUGUUGUACAUAAGUAGAAGUAAAUUGAGUUCAAUUUACAAUAUAUGCAAGUACAUUAAACAUGGCAAUUCUGCAAAAAUUUCAUGAUUGAUUGUUUUCUUGCAAUCAAGUUUUAAGCAAGGUCAGGGAACAGCAGAACCCUUCUAGAAUUUAAUUAUUUUAAAAGUGUGCAAUCAACCCAUGUAAAGUAUAGAAGGGUUCAUGGGACACCAAUCUGCAUUGUUACGGAUUCCUUGACCAUGAUAAAAUGUGCUGCUGUUGAAAAAUGUGUGCAUAUGAAAACUGAAUUACUUGAUAUAUAGUAUGACUAUAUAGUAACGGUUGGGAAUUUGGACAGAAAUGAAGUAGAAUAUAAAUAUAUAAGAAAGAAAUAACCGAUUUCAAUACAACUAGAGUAAACUGUGUGUAUGUGUAACAUCAACAUGGACUGGUUAAGGUAUAAAUUGUGUUAUCUUGCCAGUAAGAAAAAAAAAGAUUAGAUAUAUUAAUUCUGCUAUUUGAUUAUAACCAAUGAUAGCUGAUGGAAUAGGUGACUACAAGAUUGAUUAAUUAUGAUUGUUACAGUAGUAAACUCGAGAUUUGUUUUAUCAUCACUCUUAGUCUUGUGUAGGAUUUCCAAUUUUGAAACCUGUGAUUCUAAAAGUAACUUAAGAGCUUAUUGGGAAUAAAGGUGCUAUCUAGUCACUUCAAAAAUGAAGCAUCAUUAGGUGAUAAUUCAUAAGUGUAGAUUAUACUUACAAGAUAAAUAUCAACACUUUUGUUAUUUAGUUUGGACUAUUGCAGAAUGGUGAAAGCAGCAUUUUUUUUUUUUUUUGGUAAACCUUUUCAAGAGUGUCUAAAUGCUGAAUGAAUUCCAUAUCCACCCUGAACAAAUUAACCAUCACACUUUUUUUGUGUAUGCUUGUUAGAAUCUACAACACUGUAUAUGGGGGAAAGGGUUUUAAAGAAAUUGAAUUUUAUUUUUAAUAAUUCUAAGAAAAGGACCUUUUGUUUGUCCAUUCAAUUUUCUGUUGUUUGAGAUACAUGUAUCUGUUUGCAUAUAACUCACCUCUUGUUAAUUUUUUGAAUAUUAUUGUGAACUAAGUGUUUGAAUUAAAGAAAUUAAGAAUAUUAUUAUAAGUCAAAAUUGUAUGUUCAAAAUCUUGCAUUAUUGAUUUUUUUGUGCAUAUGCACAAAUUUUAACUCACCUGAAAAAUCAAGUGAGCUUUUCUUAUCAAAAUUUGUCUGUAAACUUUUCAACUUCUCAAUAAAUGAAUGGUCAUGCCCCCUCCCAACAGGAGAUAUUAAAAUAUUGGUGGAGUGUCUUUAGAAUCAUUGUACCAGAAAAGCCAUAUGUUACACAAUAGCAUCCAUAUGUACUUUGAAGUAAUACGCAAGAGCGCUUUUGUAGCAUAGAUUCAAGUAUGUCCACACCAUGCACGGUCUGACAAGAUUGUGGGCCAUAAUUGGUAUUCAAUGCAACUAUUCAUGUGAGUGAUGUGGCCUGUGGGCGUCUUGUUGAAAAUGAACAUUGUAGAUGAAGUAAAGUGUCUUAUUUCCAUUGCAACUUUUAUGUAUUCACUACCAUUAUGAGAUGGUAAAAUCAGGGUUUUCUUUAAUUGUAAGAAUAAUGGAUUCUAUAUCCUGAAUAGGGUUGGGUGUCAUCAUUUCAUUCAGUGUUUAUCCAUCCAAUCACUGUGUGUACAAUGAAUGUCUAGUGUUUAUCCAUCCAAUCACUGUAUGUACAAUGAAUGUCUGCUGUUAAGUAACCUGUGUUAUGCAUGUUUUGGAUAGCUAAAAUAAAUAGUGCAAAAAUAUA